UGUCAGUACUCUCACAAUCAGCGAACUCGAAUCAGACGGCGUUGAUCGCAGCAACAAGUCUCGACCUUACUGACUGAACUUAUUCCCGACGCUUAACCAAACGAGAGGAAAAAUGCCGGAAAAGCAGGAGAAGCAGCCGGAACAGGAGACCCAGCAGCCAGAGCCGGAGGCCAAGGUGGAGGAGGAACAGCCCAAGGAGGAGGCCAAGAAGGAGGAGGAGGCGGCCCCGGCCGCCGAGCCGCCCAAGGAGAUGCGGGCCGUCGUGCUGACGGCCUUCGGAGGCCUCAAGUCAGUCAAGACGCAGAAGAAGCCCGAGCCGAGCCCUCAGGAAGGCGAGAUACUCGUCAGCGUGUCUCACUGUGGACUGAAUUUCCAAGACCUGAUGGCUCGUCAGGGCGCGAUCGACGCCCCACCGAAGACGCCGUUCAUCCUGGGCUCAGAGUGCGCGGGUGAAGUGGUGCAGGUUGGCGCCGGCGUGGAAAACUUCCAGGUGGGCCAGCGGGUCGUGUGUCUGCCUGAAUUCAGGGCCUGGGCCGAGCUGGUGUGCGUGCCCGCGCGCCUCGCCUUCGCCCUGCCCGACGACGUGACCAACGAGGAGGCCGCAGCCCUCGCCAUGAACGCCCUCGCUGCCUACAUGCUGCUCUUCCAGGUCGCUGGACUCUCUGAGGGGCAGUCAGUGCUUCUCCACUCAGCCGGAGGUGGAAUUGGCCUCGCGAUCGCCCAGUUGGCCCGCACAAAGGAGAACGUGACUCUGAUCGGCGUGGCCUCGAAGAGCAAGCACGAAGCCAUCAAGGACCACUUCGACCAUCUCCUUGAGAGAGGAUGCGACUAUGUCAGCGAGGUCCGCAAAAUCAGCCCGGACGGCGUGGAUCUGGUGCUUGACUGCCUCUGCCUCGAGGACUGCAACCGCGGCUACUCGCUUCUCAAGCCCAUGGGAAAAUACGUCCUCUACGGCUCCUCCAACGUGGUUACCGGCGAGACCAAGAGCUUCUUCAGCGUGGCCCGAUCGUGGUGGCAAGUAGACAAGGUGUCGCCGAUCAAGCUGUUCGAUGAGAACAAAACCAUCGCCGGCUUCAACCUACGCCACCUGCUGAGGACGCCUGCCGGUGCAGAAAGGGCACGCGCUGCCAUGGAGAAAGUGAUGGAACUGUGGAAAAACAAGGUCAUCAAGCCAAUCAUCGACUCCAGCUGGGCGCUUGAAGACGUGCCUGAGGCUAUGCAGGUGAUGCACGACCGCAAGAACAUCGGCAAGCUCAUCUUGAACCCCGCGCUGGAGCCCAAGCCGCGCCCUGCCACCCCUGCAAAGAAGGGAAGCAAGGAGGAGAAGAGCAAGAAGAAGGACAAGGAGGAGAAGAAGGAUGAGAAGAAAGAGGAGAAGCCGGCUGAAAACGGAGACAGCAGCGACAAGAAGGAGGAAGAGGAGGAGAAGAAGGAGCCUGAAGCUAAGCAGGAAGAUGAGAAAGCUGCUGAGAAAGCUGACAGCUAAAACUGGGGAGGAAAGGAGUGCGAGUGUUGUAUUCCAAAGCUGAGAAAGAUCCAUUCCUCAUCAAGAGUAAGAUAAUCUGUAAUAUGCCGCGUCUAUUAAUUAAGGCAUUAUCUCGCUGUCACUAUUAAUUGUAAAAAUCACAUAUUUAUAUGAUAUAUUACGCUGAUUGAUAAUCGCGAUUAUAAGAAGUGCUAAAGAACCAAGCUUCAUUGUGCUGUAUUCAACCUGCAUGCCUAAUUAAUUGAAUUUCUCACAUUACGCUGAGCUACUAUUCUAGUAUGUUAGGGUCAACGACUUGUAACAUUGAGUGAUGAUAAUUGACAACGCAGCCAAUGCUCAUGAGAUGUGUCCAAUUUUAAAUUUACGCCCUCACACUUUAAAGUGGCUUAAUACACACACGACAAACACAAUCAUCACUUACGAAAACGAUUCAAUGGUGCAGGCAUUUUGAAACAGUAAUGAUUAUGUACCGUCAAAAAGUUAAGUGCGACCGUGAUCUCGGAAAAUUCAGUCUGCGGUUUACUGUUCAAUGCGACCGUAAAAUGGUGCGAUUUAUUGUUUUAUGAAAAUUUAAACUAUUCUGAUAAAACUGAUCGAUUGAGGUUACUGCUACUCAUAUCAAACAUUUAAUCUCAGUAACAAUGGGUGUCUCAUGAAACAAAAAUAUAAUUGACUGUGUAUCAAACAAAAUUUAAAUUAUAAGUAUGAUAUCAUCUAAUCGCAACGUAAAACUAAAUAAUCUAAAAAAUGUACUCUAUUUGAAAUUUGAACUAUUUUUUGACAAUGUUUUAAAUAUGAAAAAUUUUAAAUUGGUUUAGAUAAUAAAUUAGUUCAGCUAUAAAUUGUAUUUUUCAUACGACUAAAUUAGAACUAAACACUGCAACCACCAUCGUUCUAGUCGUAACGGAGCAAAAUUCCAGGUAUGCAUUUAUGUAUUGAAAUUAUUACAACUGUAAUAGUGGUUUUGAGACUAGUAAUGCACACGCACCAACUGAUAAGAAUAUUUGUUUUUACUCGUAGAUUGCAUUUAUGUUUGCAUUUAUCUCCAAUUGCAUUACUAGUAUCACCGAAGAGAAAAUAUCAAUGUCUGCAAAAAUGUUAAUUUGUGUAUGAAUAAAGUAUAGUCAAAACGUA